UGAUCUGAUACCCUGCCCCACUCCUCACCACGUCCAUGCAGCGAUGCAGAAGUUUGGUGGGCUCAAGGACAUCCCUCCUGGGGCAGUGCAGACUAAAAUCGGAGCAGGACCAGCUGGUAUCUCACUUUGGGGAGCUCCAGAAGGAGCCAGAUGACAAAGGGAAUGGCGUGUCCUGCCCAUGAGCUGCUGCAUGUGCCAGAAGUGCUUUUAACAGCCUGACUCCAACAGCUGCCGAAGGGAAUGGGAAGGAAAGGGGUGAGGGCAUAGCAGAGGUAUGGCCACCCUGCAGCUCUCUCCAGCUCUCUUGAAAGGACUGAAGUGCUGAAGAUCACACCACCUGUGUCCCACUGCCUCCAUCCCCUCGUGCCAGGAUCUGCUGUGCUCCAGGGCCAUGGAGGAGCAGGUGCAGCAGGAGAUGCCAUCAGCCCAGCGCACAGGAGGCCACCACCCCAUGCAGGAGGGAGAGGUGUUCAACACACGAUGCCAGGUGCUGCACAAACUGGGAUGUGGCGCCUUUGCCACUGUCUGGCUGUGCCAGGACAUGAGGAGGAAGAAACAGGUAGCUGUGAAGGUUCUGAAAAGCAGGGAAGGCUUUGCUGAGAUUGCCCAGCACGAGGCUGCUUUCCUCCGCUGUGUAAGCUGCAUGAAGAAGAAGGACCUGGCAGGGGAAAACAUCAUCUGUUUGUUAGACGACUUCAGAAUGAUUGGAGAGAAUGGUUUCCAUUCCUGCCUGGUAUUUGAGGUGCUGGGUCCUUCCAUUCGAUGUCUGAUGGGAAACUACACAGCCCAGGGACUGCCCUUGCCUUUUGUGAAAAAGUCUUUACAGCAGGUGCUGGCAGGGUUACACUUCCUGCACAAGUGCUGCCGCAUUAUCCACGCAGACAUCAAACCGGAGAACAUCCUGCUGCAUGGAUGCAGCAAAAGGCUCCAAAGGCUUCUCAUGGAUACACUCGACUGCGACCAGGGAACAGAAGUGAGGCUAAAGGGAGCAGGAGGUGAUCUUGGCAAUCAGUUGGAAGAAUCUGAUUUAAUGAGCAUAGAGGUGAAAAUUGCAGAUCUAGGAAGCGCAUGCUGGACAUACAAGCCUUUUUCCAAGGAGAUACAGACCCAGCCAUACCGUGCCCUGGAAGUGCUUCUUGGACUAGACUACGGCACCCCUGCGGAUAUCUGGAGUACAGCCUGCCUGGCAUUUGAAAUGGCAACUGGGGAGUGUCUAUUUGAUCCUCAACCUGGGAAAUACUUCUCCAGAGAUGAUGAUCAUGUUGCUCGUAUUAUUGAACUCUUGGGAAGAAUUCCUCCUCAAAUUGUUUUCUCAUGGAACAAGUCAACAAAUUUUUUCAGCAGGCCAGUUCCUUUCCCUUUGACUCAUGAGUCUUGAAACCCUUCUUUGACCACAAGGCAUCACAUGACUCCACCCUUCUGCAAUCUGGCCUAUCAUCCUUCUUUGCUCUCAUGCUUACCAAACCACCCACAGUUCAUUCAGUGCUUAGUACUGGUCCCAUGCUGGAAUGAAUUUAACAAGCACCUCCCUGCACACCCACAUCCUUUGCUCGCACUUAUGUCUUCUAUGGUGUUUAAAAGAAAUGAGUCAAAAUUAGUUCUACGUUCACUCUCCCUGUGAACCAAACCUGGCCUGACCAUACAUGCCUAACUUGAAUCACUGUAUUUACACCAUGCACUCCCCAGGACAAAGGUUGCUUCUCGCUCAGCCAUACACUCUGCUGAGCCCCACAGAGCUGGCUGGCCCAUAACAAAUUCAACAGGAGUAUCUUGCGAGCUCUGACACUGAAAUAGCAUGAUGCAUCCGGGUGCCCGUGGGCAGGCACAGGUACAAGCAGCAAUGGCUCUGGCAAGGUUUUUCUGGGAACACUUUGUGUACUCUUGGCACACUCUCAGCUAAGAAAAGUCCUCAGGAACAGGCAGACUCCAAACAUUAGCUUGGAAAGGUGGUUCCUGAGAAGCCCCCGAGAGCUAAACCUGCAAGGGGCACCGCAGGUGGAGCUUACAGAAUAAUUCCAAGAAGAAAGCUAAGAUCUUUCAGGCUGCUUUGGGUUAAUUCUGAGGCGAGGCGCGGCAGGCUCAGCCGUGCAGGUGUGACUGAGGCGCUGUGCCCACGCUGUUUCUGCCAGGCGCGCUCCUGCGGCUCUCCCGGCUCUUCCCCCGUAGCCUCCCCGGCAUCCUGGCGGACCGGCACGGCUGGACAGCGCGGGACGCGGCCGCCUUCGCCGCCUUCCUGCUGCCCGCGCUGCACUACGCGCCCGA